AUGUCCAAGCCGAAGAAGACAGUUACUUUUGCUCCUGAAACCAAAUUCACGCCUGGUCGCGAUUCGAAUGAGUUCUGGAGAGAAAGCCGCUAUUAUACUCGCGGAGAGCACGCAUGUCCUGAAGAUUCCGAGGGUUGGCAAGACACUAGUCUGAUAGGAGAUAUUUUGGAGCAGAUCAUGUAUCUCAAAGUCUACGGUAAUUAUUGUGUCCGCGACGAUGAAGAAGUCAAGAGGGUUGGUGAUAUACUCUGGAGGGAUCCAGAGUCCACUGAACCACUACUCGGAGACUCAGACGCCCGACUUUACGAACAUCCGUUUUGCUUCGAAGUAUUGGAUGAAUAUAUUGACUUUCGAAACAGGUAUCCUAACCAUCCAGAGGCGGAAAAUAUAGGAAAAGCCGUUGUCAUUUACCAGUAUCCUGACGGUAAAUUUUACGGCUUCGAAUUCAUGGAUGAUGCGAGCGAGGAGGCAGAAGCGCAUGACUAUAUGGAGGCCUUGAGAGCAGCUAUUCCUGCGGCUAACACAGGACAGCCGCGACAUGUCGCACUUCGUUCGAUAAGGAAAUCGUUACGCGGCGAGGGGGAGAGAGAAGAUCUAAGUGCCGAGGAAUUCUGA